AUGUCGUGCGGAACGAACGCCUCGAUGAGUGUGAUGCUUUCUGUCGACUCCGCCGAGUCGCCCGCACUGAAGCCUGGAAAACCCGUACUGAAGCCCGCCGAACAUCGGUUCACUUGCCCCUCCAGCGAGGACAACCAAGCCUUCAUCUAA